CAUGAUGAUCCGGUGCUGGCGGGAGAAACCGGAGGAGCGUGCCGACUUCCCUCAGCUACUGACCGCACUCUCCGAUGACUCGGAGGAGAAUCCUCAUUCGUCCCUCAUUCAACUCAACAACGACGACAACAGCUCUUCGGGGGAGCAGCACCACACCGAGUGUCCCCCUCCCCCCGUGCCCACGAAGAAGCCAAACAAUGCACCUGUGGGUCAGACUGGUCCGAGUCAAAAUGUGUUGGGUAGCCAGAGAGGGUCUGUUUCUGGUCAGCAAAUGGGAUUGGAAUCGAACACUUUGUCAAGCUCUGAAGCUGGAUCCAUGAAAAGAAAAAUGUCAUCUCCGAAUAUAGUCCAAUCGCAAUUGAGAUAAGAGAAAACGAAAACCGAGAUACGAGUGUGAAAAGUAACGAGACCGCA